AAGCACCUCUUCUUUUUCGACCAUUCCCCGCAUUUCCCCUUCUCUCUCUUCCAUGGAAGCCAUCUUUUCCCCUCCCUCUUUCUGCUCUCUCUUCAAUCCAAAACCACCCAUUUCGAAGACCGUCUUCUCUCCUUCUCUCCAACCUAAUUCCCAUUCUCCCUCUCUCCUCAAAACCCCCAUCUGUAAUCUCGGAAAGCCGCCUUCUCCUUCUAUAAUACCGCCACCCAAGAGCUGGUUUUCAUAUGCGCACCAUGGACUGGCUGCACUGGCACUCUCUCUUGCCAUCAAUUUCUGUCCGAUCACGCCCAUCAAUCAGGCAGUCGCCUCUGAAUUCGAUGUCCUCAAUGGGGGCCCGCCAACUGAAUCAUAUGUCGUAGAUGAUGCGGGAGUAUUAAGCCGAGUGACGAAAUCUGAUUUGAAGCAGUUGUUGUCAGAUGUGGAAUCGAGGAAGAAUCUCCACAUAAAUUUCGUCACAGUUCGAAAGCUCACAAGCAAAGCUGAUGCUUUUGAGUAUGCUGACCAAGUGUUGGAGCGUUGGUAUCCAACCAUUGAAGAAGGCAAUAAUAAGGGAAUAGUUGUGCUGGUCACCAGUCAGAAAGAAGGGGCCAUCACAGGUGGGCCAAAGUUUGUUCAAGCAGUGGGAGACACUGUUCUUGAUGCCACUGUAUCCGAGAACCUUCCUGUCUUGGCUACGGAUGAGAAGUACAAUGAGGCAAUACUAAGCAGUGCCAAACGACUAGUUGCUGCCAUAGAUGGACUGCCGGAUCCAGGCGGGCCCAAGUUUAAUGAUAACAAGAGGGAAUCCAACUUCAAAUCAAGGGAAGAGACUGAAGAGAAGCGUGGACAAUUUACUCUUGUGGUUGGAGGUUUACUAGUGAUUGCGUUUGUGGUUCCAAUGGCACAAUACUAUGCCUAUGUCUCCAAGAAGUAGGUUUUGUUGGUGUGCAACAGUUGGUUGUACAAAUUCUUAUGUAGAGAGAAUGAUUGAAGAGUAGUUACUGAUAAGCACACAAAAACAGUAUUUUGUAUUAUAUAUGUAUCUAGAUUUUCAUUGAAUUUUUCAUCCCACAUUGUGUACUAGUAUGAUCCAAAGGGAUUUCACUCUUACAGAAGAAAGGAUGUGUACUGCCUGCAACAACAAGUGAUGAAGAUAACAAGAAUUACGGAUUGCAGCUUGA